CUAGCAUACGGAGGGGGGGUAUGCAUGUAGCAUCUCGAAUAUAAGAUAAAGAAAUGCAAUCUCAACAGAAAACGAGCAUCCUGCGUAUAUCUUUCUCUUCCACCUAGUUCAGUAAAUCAACUCACCUAACAGACAAAACACUUCAUCACUCGGACCCCAAAAACUCAUAAUAAUGGCAUCGUCACCCGCCCCCCUCACGGAAGAAGAAAAAGCCUUCUUCCUCGCGCACGGGUACCUCAAACUAACGAACUGCUUCACGCGCGAGCAAGCCGCCUCCAUAACCGACGGGGUAUGGACGCGUCUCGGGAUGUCCCCGACAGACAAGCGUACCUGGAGCAGAGAACGCACGAACAUGCCGUCCCACCGGACCUUCUCGUGCGCGGCGUUCGCGCCGAAGGCGUGGGCCGCGAUCUGCGAGCUAUGCGGCGGCGAGGACCGCGUUAAUCUCGAAAGCGACCUUUGGCGGGACUCGCUGAUCGUGAACCUCGGCACAGAGGAGAACGAGGGGAGCCCGGUUCCGCCGAAGGAGUUGGGCGGGUGGCAUGUCGAUGGGGAUUUCUUCGUGCAUUACCUUGAUAGUCCCGAGCAGGCGCUUUUGGUUAUUCCGUUGUUCACGGAUAUCGUGAGUGAGGGGGGUGGGACGAUGAUUUGCCCGAAGGCGAUUGAGAACGUGGCGAAACAGCUUUAUGAACACCCUGAGGGCGUGUCGCCGAGGAUGGUGCCGAGGGGACACCCGGACUUUCCGAUGGGGAAAGAGAGGAAUUUGCAGUGGUAUUGCGAUGUUGUGCAGAGUUGUAAUGACGGGGAUUUCGUCGAGGCGACGGGGAAUGUGGGGGAUGUAUAUUUGCUGCAUCCGCUUAUGCUGCAUAGUGCGACGAGCAAUGCGAGGCGUGAUGUGAGGAUCAUUACGAAUCCGCCGGUGAGUAUCAACAAGCCGUUUUGCUUCGAUAGGGAGGAGGGCGGAGAGUAUAGUUUGGUGGAGCGGAAAACGAUGAAUGCGGUUGGAGGCGAAGAUAUGUUAAAGGGUUGGAGGAUGACGGGGAAGAGGGAGAGAUUGGUACCGGAGAGGGUGCGUAUUCAGGAGGCGAUGAAGAGGGAGGAGAUGAGGAGGAUGGAGGAGGAACAGAAAGAGAAGCAGAGACAGGAACAUGGGUUAGGAAAGAUUGCUGCCGCUGCCGCUUGAAUUACUAGCUUGAAUAUGGUAAAAUUGAUAUAUCAUGUGCUAUAGAUGAUAGUAGCAUUCUGAUAAUGGUUGAAACGGAAUUCUUGACGCUUGGGUAGGUACCUAAGGAUGGUACCCCUUUUCUCAUUUUCUAAAUGCAAAACUGGGUCAUGUAAACUCUAUAUAGCAGUACCUAUAAUACAUCUUACGAAUAGGUUUUAUUA